AUGCGUAUCCUACGGACUGCUUUUCGAGGUCAUUUCUUCGUUGAACUUCCUGGCAACCUUCUCUCCUUCCCACAAUCUCGCGCUGCUUUCUGUCCCUUUAGUACCGCUUUAUCCCAUGCAGAAGCCACUUCUUUUAGCAAUGACACUGAACACUGUAUGGCGUCGUGUUUUGAUGAGCGCUUUCAGAACAUACUCAGAAAAUUAUCCAAGAAUAACCCAAACGAGAGGACGAGUCUCUGUUCUGGCCCUUCUGGGUUGCUACGUAGUUGCACUUCAAAAGGGCCUUUGAAGGAGGGGAAGGCGAUUCAGGAUCAACUGAUCAAAAAUGGGAUUCACCCAAGUUUGGAAAUUUGCAGUUCAAUGGAUAGUCUCUUUGUGAAAUUGGGGAGCUUUGGGUUUGCAGGUAAGGUUGUUGAUGAAUUGCCAGAACGAGAUGCUGUGUCGUGGAAUAAGCUAAUGUCUCGGCUGGAAGAUGAAGGAUGUAGCUACGACUUGAUUAAAUUCUAUUGUCAGAUGAGGAAGGAUGGUGGUAUGCCAAACGGGUUAAGCUUGGCGGCUGGAUUGAAAGCUUGCUCAAUUAGCUUAGAGUUGGACUUUGGGACACAGUUGCAUGCAGAAGUUAUAAAAUUAGGAGUCUUUCUGGAUGGGAUUGUUGGGUCUGCUCUGGUUGAUCUUUAUGCAAAGUGUGGAGAGCUGGAACUAGCAAAUAAGGUGUUCUUUAACAUGCCCAAGAAGAAUGCUGUGUCAUGGAAUGCUUUGCUUGAUGGAUAUGGUAAGAUUGGUGAUUGGAAAGAGAUUCUGACAUGGUUUUGCAGACUAAAAAUUCAGGGAUUGAAGUUUAGUAAAUUCACUUUAUUGACUGUGCUUAGGAGUUGUGCUCACAUGGAAAAUUUAGGAGGAGGUCAAGCUGUGCACGCUCUUCUAAUCAAGAUUGGUUGUGAGCUUGAUAAAAUUCUGGGUAGUUGCCUUCUUAAUGUGUACUCGAAGUGUGAAUUGGCAGAUGAUGCACUCAAAGUCUUUGGGAGAAUAAAAAAUCCGAAAAUAGUAGCCUGGAGUACAAUGAUAAGCUGCCUUGAUCAACAAGGCCGAAGCCUUGAAGCAGCCGAGAUGUUUUGCCAAAUGAGGCACACAAACUUAAGACCGAAUCAGUUUACCCUUGCUAGUACGGUGACUGCUGCAACGAAUCUGGGUGAUUGGCACUAUGGUGAAAGCAUUCAUGCUUGUGUAUUUAAAUACGGUUUUGAAUCUGAUAAUUACGUCAGCAAUGCACUUGUAACAAUGUACAUGAAAGUUGGAUCUGUACAAAAAGGUUGGCAUGCAUUUAAUCAAAUGCCUGUUCGAGAUACAGCUUCAUGGAAUUUCCUUUUGUGUGGAAUUUAUGACAGUGAAAACUGUGAUCAUGGGCCAAAUGUCUUCAGAGAGAUGCUUGCGCAAGGUUUCAAACCUGAUACGUACACAUAUAUCAGCAUUUUAAGAUGCUGUUCCAGCCUGUUAACUGUAUGUUUUGCGAAGCAAGUACAUACGCAUAUCAUAAAGAGUGGCCUCAACGCUAAUAGAUUUGUAGCAACUGUUCUCAUUGGGAUGUACUCCAAAGGCAGGUCCUUGGACGAUGCAGAUGUAAUUCUGAACGAAUUGAUCGAAAGAGACCUCUUCACUUGGACAGCCCACAUAUCUGGUUGUGCACAAACUAAUCAAGGAGAGAAGGCUGUAAAGAGUUUCAAUCAGAUGCAACGACAAGGUGUGAAGCCCAAUAACUUUACUUUCUCUAGUUGUUUGAGUGCUUGCUCCAGUUCAGCAAUCCUAGAAAGUGGACAACAACUCCAUUCACUGGCAUUGAAGUCUGGGCUGUCAAAUGAUACAUAUGUUUCUUGUGCACUUGUUGCUAUGUAUGCACAAUGUCGAUGUAUAGAAGAUGCUGAGAAGAUAUUCAAGGGCUUGGAUUCAAGAAACAGAGUCUCCUGGAACACAAUCAUAUGUGGAUACUCACAACAUGGUCAAGGAAAGAAGGCUCUUGAAGCCUUUCAGAUUAUGCUAGAUGAAGGUGUUCCGCCAGAUGAGGUUACUUUUAUAGGUGUUCUUUCUGCAUGCAGCCACAUGGGUUUAAUUGAUCAAGGGAAGAUGCACUUUAAUUCACUGAGCAAGGAUUAUGGGCUUACUCUUUCAAUUGAGCAUUGUGCAUGUAUGGUCAAUAUUUUUAGUCGGGCCGGCAAAUUUAAUGAGGUUGAAAGGUUUGUUGGGGAAUGGAAACUCACACAGAGUCCCUUGAUUUGGGAAACUGUUCUAUGGGCUUGUAAAAUGCAUGGGAAUGUGGAAAUUGGUGAGAGAGCUGCACAGAAGCUAUUUGAGCUUGAACCUGAAAUGGACUUCAAUUAUAUAUUGUUAUCUCACAUUUAUGCAGCCAAUGGGCAGUGGGAUGAUGUUGCAAGGGUUAGGGCAUUGAUGCGCAGUCGGAAAAUUACAAAAGCACCAGGGUGUAGCUGGCUAGAGGUCAAUGCUGAAACCCAUGUUUUUUUUGCUCAAGAUAGAACACAUCCCAUGAUCAGGGAGAUUUAUUCACAGUUGGAAGGGCUGGCUAGAUGA